AUGUCACAACCAAUUCUCUCGAUAAAGUCUGAUGAUAACAAGGCCAAGGCCGUGGCGAACCUGUUGCCCUGCCGUAUCCAUCACGAUGGCCCUAUUCCCGACGUUUCCACUUAUUGGUCGCCCACCGCUGCCGAAGAUGGCACCAAGCUAGCAUACUUUCGGGGACGGAAACUCCAUGGCAAGUCUGUCAAGCUGCCAGAGCAGUGCCGCGGCGUCGUGGUAGAAAGGAGGCAAGACAAGGAGCAACAGCCUGCAGCAGAGGAACCGGUCGUUGUGGUCGACGACGACGAGGCUGAGAAGGAGCCGGUCGGAACCAUGCAGGUCACGGCUGAAUUUGAUGAAAUGGUUAUUUGGGGUCACGAGACUGUCGCCGAUGCCACUGGGGACCCGUAUAUUCGGAGUAUGGAGGAAUGGCUUCAAGUGGCUGGUCAGAUUCACUCUUAUUCAGAGGAGGGUCCAGGAAAGUAA